AUGUAUAAACAAGAUGCUAUUUCUCGGAAGCGGCGUCCCAUGGUCAAUCCUAUCACUCUUCCAUCGACCGCCCAAACAGCCAUAGUAAGUUCGAUUUCCAGUAUAUCCAACCCAAAGACUGCUAUCCUAAACGUUACGGACGGCCCGUCUCAGAGUGAUUCAAGUGCAACUACGACCACAUUUUCCGCGACCAAGGAGAAUGCUGUAGAGGUUGAUGAAACCAAUGAGGUUAAGCCUCUAGCCGACAAAACUGGCGUUCGCCAAAAUAUUGGUCUUGGUCUCGGUUUACUUGAUGAUGCGUCAACUAGCGACGAGGAUCGUGAUCUGGAAUCGGAUCGCUACGUGUCAAUGCAUACUCCAUUAUCAGCUAACCUGGACUGGGCUGCCCAUGUAUAUGCACGCGGGAGUGAAUUCGGCCAUACAUUGGGCCCUAUGCCGAGUUUUCCGGGAGGUGGCCUUUUUCGAAUUGAUAGUAACUCGCGAACCGGGUGUACUGCUUUUGAGGAGUGGACAGGCCAUUCAGUUCUGACUGCAAGCACCGACCAGGCGAGUGUGGACGAUGGAAUUGCUAACUCUCUGCUUGCCUCUUCUUCCUCGUCCUCUCAUUCGCAUAGCCUGGAACAGCCAAUCUUCGUGCUUGGCUGCGCAUUUUUGCUAUUUCCUUAA